GUCCGGCUCAGCUCCGAAAGAUAUCUUCGGUCCGCGCUUCCGUACGGCGGGCUUCCAGGCAAGGACUCGCCGCAGAUGGCCUUCUUCGACGCGGCCUCCGAGGGCGACCUUCCCCGCCUCAGAGAGUUGGCCAGCGGCAGGGACGCGGAGGGGAAGGCGUGGCUUGCCGAUGUGUGUCUCGCAGGUGGGGGCCCGUUUCAGACGGCGGCGCGCUUGGGGAAGCUGGAUGCUGUCAAAUGCAUGGUGGAGGAGCUAGGCUUCGACGUCGAUGCUGGUAGCCAAGACGGUAUAACUGCUUUGGUUGCUGCUACAAUGGAUGAAAGGACGGAAGUUAUGAGGUAUCUUCUCGACCAUGGGGCUGAUCCGAAUAAGCAAUACAGUGCAGGCUUCGCUGCUCUUCACUGUGCUGCAACAAAAGGACGCGCUGAAGCAGCCCAACUUUUGCUAUCAUCUGGAGCUAGUGUUGAUAUAGCUUCUUGUGAUGGGACACCACUACAUUUUGCUGCUGCUCGUGGGAAGAUUGGUGUCAUGAAAGUUCUACUGGAACACCAUGCAGAUCCAAACAAGGUUUCAGAAAUUGGAGGUACUCCUCUCUCUGAAACACUUUGUGCCACUGACAAAGGACUACCUGAAUCCAUUUCAUUGAAGUGUGUGAAGCUGCUUGUGGAGGCAGGCGCAGAUGUAAAUCCUACUAAGACCGCAACUCCUUUGGUGAUAGCAGCCACUUAUGGCUUAACUGACUGUGUCAAGUACCUGCUGAAGGCUGGUGCUGACCCAAAUAUCCCACGGAGUUGUUGUGGUACCAAGCCAAUACAACUCGCUGCAAUCAGUGGAAGCCGGAAGCUUGUGGAGUUACUGUUUCCUUUAACUUCUCCCAUUCGAUCUUUACCAAACUGGACUGUUGAAGAUAUCAUGGCCCACACCGACUCAAAGCCCUUGAAGCCCACGGUUAAACCUGUUAAAAAUACAAAACUUCAGUUGAAAAAGUAUGGUGAGGAAGCUGUCAAGAGAAAGGACUAUCAUGGCGCGUCAAUGUUCUACACCGAGGCAAUUGAGCUAGAUCCUAGUGACGCGACGCUGUAUUCAAAUAGGAGUCUUUGCCAUCUGGAAAUGAGUAAAGCAGAGAAGGCUCUGCAUGAUGCUAACACUUGCAUAAGAUUGCGCCCUGAAUGGAUAAAAGGAUACUACAGGAAAGGAGCUGCUCUCAUGUUGCUCAAGGACUACAAAAAAGCUUGUGAUGCAUUCAUGGCUGGACUGCAGCUGGAUCCUGGAAGUGCCGAGAUGGAGAAAGCGUUCCGGGGGGCAGUUGAGGCUAUGAAGGCAGAUCACUUUGCUAGAAAAGGCUUCAAGCCAUCCGGUUAGAGGAAAUCUGUUGAUUGCACUAACCGUUUUGUAUACAUCCUGAUGCUAGGAAUCUGGGGAUUAGCCUAUAUCCUCUCUGGAACCGUACUAGUAAAAUGGCCAAUGCGCAUCACUAUGGGUCUAUGGCUCUUGUUUGCCUGUCAAUGGCCUGGCAUUGCAGAACGCCGGAUUUCCUUGUAAACCCUACGUGUAGCGGAAGUGGAUGUUUCCUUUCCUGCGACCAGUAAAAGAUGACCACCAUGUUUUUCAUCUGGAUCUGGAUGAGUAUUAUUCCUGUGUCUGUGCGACCUGUUUUUGGAUCCAUUCUUUGGGACAAGAUUCUAUUCUCCAUUGUUA